AUGUCCACCGCUACUUCGCCGGUAUAUUCCAGCGGCGUCAGCCUCGGCUACGGCAUAGCUAUCACUGUCAGCAUUCUUGUCUUCAUCUCCACCAUCAUGCUGGCUUCCUACGCUUGCAUCCGAGUCAAAUCCGGAGGUGGAAGAGAAGGGUCGAACAACUAUCCAACGGAGUCAAACAACCGGUCCCAAGAGCCCAUAAUGCUGGUGCUUGGCCUGGGAAAGCCGAUAAUAGAGUCUUACCCGGCCAUCAUACUAGGCGAAAGCCGGAGACUGCCCAAGCCUAAUAAUGGGCCAUGCUCCAUUUGCUUGUUGGAGUACUGUGCAAAGGAUACACUAAGGUGCAUUCCGGAGUGCAACCACUGUUUCCAUGCUGCUUGUGUUGAUGAAUGGCUUCAGGUGAAUGCCUCUUGCCCACUUUGUAGGAACUCUCCUUCUCCUUCAGCUAUUCCCACUCCCUUGUCUGAAUUUGUACCAUUGGCUUAUCAUUCUAGAUGA